AUGUUCUGUUUUACAGUGAGCAUUUCCAAACCACAAAUAGUGCUGAGCGAUGCAUCUCCAGCGGAAGGUUCAUCAUUAUGGAUGCGCUGUAUUGUGGAGAAGGGCACCGGUCCUAUUAACUACACCUGGGAGCAGGAGAGCCCGACGGGACUGAUUACUACACUGGCCAAGGGAAACUCCAGUCUGGUUAACAUCACCAGAGUGACCCGUAACCACACAGGCUCGUUCAGGUGCCUGGCCAGAAACUCAGUCAACCAACAGCUCAGUGAGCGUACAGGGUUAAACGUGUUAUUCGGUCCAGAUUUACCUCAGAUUGACGUGGUAGCGUACUCAGCAACAGAUCAAGGAUACACAGCUCUGGAAAAUGCUAACAUCUCUCUGAUGUGUAAAGCCAUGGCUAACCCUCCCGGUCAGUACAUCUGGUUCUACAACAACUCCCAGAUCCACACUGGACCUCAGCUCAACAUCACUAAGAUCCUGCGUGUCCAAGCGGGUUAUUACGCCUGUCUGGUACUGAACACUUACCUCAACACUCGCUCCAAGAAAACCAUCACGCUCACCGUCUACUAUCCACCAGAUGGUGCUCCAUCUUGUUUCAUUAUCCCGGUCAACAACUACACUGAUCUGGCUCUGUCCUGUUCCUGGGUGGGUGGUUACCCUCCAGCUACCCUGAACUCGGGUCCGUAUGUAAACGGGGGCAACACACAGGCUGUCAGUAACAUCACCGUGAUCCAGCCAGGCUCUGAGACUGCCAACAACUCUGUAUUCACCUGCUACGGUUCACACGUGGCACAACAAGCUUCCCAGAGCUGCAGCAGUAAAACGUGGCUGCCAUUUGGUGAACCCCAGUGUUUUGCGUAUGCGACACGUAACAACGAGUACCUGAUGCUGUCCUGCUCCUGGGAGGGCGGCUUCCCUCGUGCUUUGCUUUGGUGGGCCUCAAGCUCAGGAGACAUGCAAGGAACAUCUGAGGAGAACUCCAACAUCCUGGUCCUGCGCUCCAGUGCCACCUACAGUGGCAAAGCAUUUAUAUGCCAUGCCAAACAUCCGCUGGCUAAAGAGGCGAAACAGUGUGUGUUGAAACUGGAGGCACCAGAGCUGAAGACUCAGCGCAGUGUGGUUUCAGUCUACGAGGGAAACGACGUCCAGCUCACCUGCAUCCUCAUCAAGAACUACCCGGCGGUGACAGAAAUCACCUGGUACAAUAAUUUAAAGCAAAAUGUGAGUGAUGCCCCCCAAAAGUACAUCCUUCAGCAGGCUGCAGCCUGGUUGAAUCUGACAGUACUGGAGACAGACAGCUUGGUGGACAGUGGACAGUACUGGUGCUCUGCUGCUAAUGCUGUCGGAGGAGCAGAGAUCCCCAUUACUCUGCUGGUGAUGAGGUACCCAAUGCCCCCAAACGUGACCAUCACCAAGCUCAUGUACAGCCACCAUCAGAGAACAGAUGUUAACAUGGACUGGCAGAUCCAGACAGACGGAGAACUCACUGGGUUCUUCAUUGAGCAUCAGAGGCUUCCUGUACCUGUAGAACAAAGUGAAGAUGUUCUUCCUUGGCAGAAGCUGUGA